AUGGCGGCAGUGGGCGCCGUAGUGGACGCUGUCUUUAGCUCGUACGAUAUUAAAAAUGCCAAGCAAUGGCGCGAUGAGGAUCUACGGUAUCGUGAACAAGAAAAACAAUGGCGUGAAGACUCAAUCCAGCGAGAGUACGAGUGGCGCAGGGCCGACUUACAGCGUGAACGGCGCGUUGUGAAGCUCGAGAAUGAGAAGCGUAUCAUCGACGCACGACAUCGACAGCUUGUCAUUGUUUCGCAAAUGUCAGCUUUGCUUGCUGGCUUUACCAUGUCUACAAUUGUUGAAGUGCAGAUUGCGGAUGCCACUAGUGAACACGUGAUCAUUUUAUACGGCACCGUGUGCUGCUUAGAGUUAAUUGUUAUGUUGAUGUGCAUGCUGACAUGCAUGGCGCUUCUCCUCGCGCUGACGCGUUUCGUUACGCACACGCUGGAAGGCGAGGUGCACGCAUUGUCAUCCUUAGAACUAGAUGUGGUUUCCCCCUUCUACGGAUGGUGGUUAAGUAAGUGCGAGUCCGAGUGGGUGAUGGCUUACCACCUCUUUCGAAGCGGAUUGUCCUUGUUCCUCGCACAGGUGGCGCUGCUUGGAUGGGCAGUCUUUGGUGAAUGGAUUUCUGCCGCAUUAUGUAUGACAACGCUUUGCGUACUUGCACUCGCGUACUUGGAAUUACGCGUCGCUAGUCGAUGGAGAUAUCUCGUGCAAUUUCCUGAAUCACAGGUUUCUGCAUCGUCUGCAGCAUCAGUGAUGGGUCCAAUUGUUGCUUCACCGCCUGCAAGCCCAUAG